AUGGCGGAAGAACCGAGAGCGCAGUCCAUUCAAGAGCGUAUAGCUGCUCUAAACCAGUCACAAAUCGGCCGCCUACCAGAAACGUCUCCUACGCGACCUUUUGCUUUGAGAAAUAAAUCCGUGAACAACCCUCCGCAUGAGCUCAACGGAUCCGUGAUAGACAACAAGGCAAUUGGCAACAAGCCGGCUCCCAUACGUCAAAAUGGGGUUCUCCCGCCUCCAACGGCAGCUUUAGAAGCACAAAAAACUCCAUCCGCGACAAACGGUUGCAGAUUGCCUCCGCCACUGCCAGCUCGCAAGAUCUCCCAACCUGCACCGGCUUUACCACCCCGUCGUCCGUCGGCGCAGACCGAACGGAGAGUAUCCUCUGAGUCAACAAGGUCGAAUGCGUCUUACAGUACGAUUUCUACUACGGGGACAACGAGCACGGUAGAUAGCAAGAGCAGGGCACUCAUUGCUCCAGCAUGGCGGGAAACAGAGCUGCCCCGGCUUCCGGUGCGCGAGAAGAGUCGACCAGGCCUUCCCCAGCGGACAUCGUCAACACUAUCAGAAGCAGAGAAAGCGAAGAGGGCAGUUAAGGCCCCUUUAAAACCGCCUCCACUGCCGUCACGGACCUCAACUAUAGAAUAUAAUGGUGGAAACCUGGCAGCAAAAGUGUCGUUACCCGUCCGAAGUUUGUCUUCUGAAGUGAGGAAAAUACCACAGCUGCCAAUAAAUGGAGUGAAGAGCGAGUCCGCUACUCCAGCACCGGCACCACGAAAAAUUCCCCCAAUUCCUACGGCCGAGGCUCUCGUGAAGAUUCAGCAGAAAUCUUUUGCGACUCUGACUAAACAUGUCGAAGAGGAUCAACCGGGUCAAAGUACACCGCCCGCUAUACCUCUCGCCUCGCGACCAAAUCUAGCAGCGAUCCAGGCAACGAAACCUAAAUUUACUGCUAACGGAAACGGAUCUUUGUCUCAUGUUAGUGCUAGCACCGUCUGUAUGACAUGCAGAGACUUCUCAGGUCCAGAUAACCAUGCAGCGCAGUUCCCCCGACAAUCCCUUCCAACCAAUGAUCUAGCAUGGCUUGCAACACAACUCACUGCUCCGUUCCCAUCUCUGACUGACAAGGCAAGGGCUUUGUUUACCUGGCUUCAUUACAAUAUCAAGUAUGACGUCGAUGCCUUUUUCAACAACAACGUGCAACCGUCAACUCCCGCCAGCACCCUUUCCACUGGUCUUGCAGUCUGCGAGGGUUAUGCUGGACUGUUUGCUACACUCGCAACUCACGCAGGCCUUGAGGCGCUUGUAAUAUGCGGUCACGGAAAGGGUUUUGGCCAUUCACAACUAGCUCCCGGCUCAGCUAUACCACCGUUUGAAGCUGGUCACGCGUGGAAUGUGGUGAAAAUCGACGGGGGUAAGUGGAAACUCGUCGAUCCUUGUUGGGGAGCUGGUGCCGUAGCAGGCAAAGGACAGCCAUAUAUUCAACGGUUUGACCCAACGAAUUUCACCAAGCCAAACAACGAGUUCCUCCUCUCACACUACCCGCAGAACAAGAACCAGUUCUAUACAGAUCACGGCGGCCCUGGCAUGAGCUGGGAGGAGUAUGUUCUUCAAGACCACAACAAGCCUUUUGGUAUUGAACAGCCUGUGAUUUUUACGGACGCUUACCAGGAAGGAAUCGGAGAACGAUCCUUCCGCCCAGCUUGCACAAAGAUAUCCAUUCAUCAGCCCGGACCCAUACGGUUCCAGUUCGGCUUGAAAUGCGAACACUGGACCCUUGCUCGCCAUAGCAAGAAAACUGCACCCUUUCUCUUUUUGUUGCAUACCCACGGUAUAGAUGGCCGGAAGGAUGAGAAGAUACCGUUCACCUAUGUCCGCGGCACCGGACCAAACGGCGGAGGUGACCUGUGCUUUGGUUCUCACAAAGAUGCUCGUGGUUUGUCGUUGCAGGAAUAUGAAGCCCAAGCAGGGCGCGUUGGUAUGGGCUGGUCUUAUAUAGCGCAGUGGGAGUUGACUGUCUGA